GCCCCCUUGCCAACGCCCGCUCGGUGCCGCCCGGUGCCGCCAUGGAGUCCAGCGGGGCCCAGAGCUGCCGCGCCAGCUGCCUCGCCUUCAGCCGCACCCGCAAGGGGCUGGUGCUCAUCGGCGAGAUCGUGCUGUGCCUUCUGACCCUGGUGUGUUUCGCGGCGUCCCACACCGGCUAUCUGGGGUUAGCAGUGGUGGAGCUGGUGGUCGCUAUACUGGUGCUGCUGGCCUGGAGCUACCACCUGCCGCAGCGCAUGCAGAUGCUGCACUGGGCCUGGAGCGACUUCACACGCUGCGUCAUCGGGGCUGUGCUCUUCCUCAUCUUCUCCCUCAUCGUCAUCAUCAGCCACUACGACGGCGCCGGCAUCGUGGGAGGGGUGUUUGGGCUCCUGGCCGGGAUCCUGAUGGGAUAUGACGCCUACAUCACCUUCCCCCUAUGGCAGGGCCACACCGCCGCCCCCACUGAGUCCCCUGGAGGUGCCUGAACAAGCCAAGAACCCCAACGGAGCCCUCCCCAAAGCUCCCCCCACACAGGGGGACCCCCAGCCUUAAAUUAUUGAGGGGUCCCGACGCCUGGGUCCCCCCGGGGGGGGCAGGGGUAGAUCUGGGGGUCCCUCAGUGUCACAGACAUUUCUUUUAUGAAAAAUCCUCUCUUAGGAUUUUCCUGCUGAAGCUGAGAAGUUCAGCAACCAGACAUAAACAAUAGGUUAUCUGCUUCUGUGGAAUGCAACA